AUGAAAGAUUAUCAGGAGGUAGUUGAGUUGAAGGUUAAGGGACUUCCUGAUUUUGUUAUUGAAGAGGUGAAGAAGAUUGAUGGUUUUUGCACUGGCAUACAGAAGAAUUUCGAUGUGUUGCUUUAUGCUACUAGCAUAUUAGUUAAAGAUAUUCCAGCGUUUAAUGUUGAGUAUUAUUCCAAAUUAUCGAUACAAGGUCGUCAGAGAAAAAAUAUUCCUUGUGAAUUCACUAUUGCUGAUUUUCCUUUGAUGAAUCUAAAUGAUCUUAUUAAUCUAGAAAAGCUCAUUGGAGAUAUUAAUAAUGAUCAAAUUUUAGAGAAAGCAACAUACAUCAUUGGUUAUGGUCGUCUCAAGAACUUCAUCGACUGUUAUUUUGCUUACAUAGCAUUAACAGACUUCGCGUUAGCUACUGCUUACAAAAAGAAAUGGAAGAAUCCAAACUCAAAAUUGAGGGAGGAUUUGAACAUCAAUGAUUAUGUAGAUGGUGAGAUUCUGAUGAAACCCAAUGGAGUGGUGUUUCAAGGAAAGAAUAUGAAGGAGAGAGAAAGAAGAAAUAUUUCUUUCACACAUACUCCAAUGAGAUGUAUUCAACAUUGA